GCGGCGGCGGCGGCGGCGGGCGGCGGCGGCGGCGGCAGCUCCAACAGCAGCGGCGACGCCCUGGUGACCCGCAUCUCCAGCCUGCUCCGCGACCUGCCCACCCUGAAGGCGGCCGUGAUAGUGGCGUGCGCCUUCACCGCGCUGCUCAUCGCCUGCCUGCUGCUGCGCGUCUUCAGGUCGGGAAAGAGGUUGAAGAAGACCCGCAAGUAUGACAUCAUCACUACUCCAGCCGAGCGAGUGGAAAUGGCCCCGCUGAACGAAGAAGAUGAUGAGGAUGAGGACUCCACGGUAUUUGACAUCAAAUACAGGUAAAAUCUAUAUCCAGCAUGUUGGCAUCCUGUGGAACGUUGGUCAGCUGCAGCCUGGGAUGUGAAGGAUCUGGAAGCUGUCUUGUCUGAGAUGUUGAAACCAAAACAAACACUAUGAAACUCUGGCACAGUUGUGUGUGUCGCACAUCAGCUCAGAAUAUCACUGCAGGAGAGUCGCCUCUACUACCCUCUGGAUGCCCCUUUAAAAUGUCACCCUGUCUUCCUCAAGAAGGUUUUUGCCUUGCUACGGGGCAAGGGAUAGAAACAUUUUGACUUAAAAAAAGUAACUUUAAGGCAACUGUUCACAAAAGUAAAGAGAUCAGAAGUUAACAGGAACCUAAAAAAAAAAAAAAAAAAAAAAAAAAGCCUAGAGGAUAUUCAGCUUCUAACUUCUGAUAUUCUGCUCUCCUGGAUCUACGACAUUCUAGACGUCUGACCCUUCAGUGGUCUUUUGGGCUUGGCCAAGUUCUGGCCUUUGGUGACAGCUAUGUGAAAGUUCAAAGUUGAAAUGUUUAGAGCCAGCCAGCCCUAGCAGAAAUAUACUGGUGUUUGUGGCUCCUUUCCUCUCCUUUUUCAAAAAAAGGGUCCAGCAGAAUUAGACAUAGCUAGUUCACAAAGAAUUUUGUGUAUCAGGGAAAAACCUAUAUGUAUGUGUGUGUAUGCGUACAUGUGUGUGCACACGCGUGUGCACAUGUGAAAUAACUUCUCCCUUUCUGGGAGGAAAAGACAGCACGAGGCAGCCUUUGGUUAGUAACAUCCUCCGUGUGUUUCUCUGCCCUGUUCUACGCUGUUGGGGCUUGGAAAUGUAAUUUUAGAAAAUCACCGUGGUGAUUCAGAGGGAUGGGGAUUUGGUUGCCUGAAAAAGGCACAGUGUCGGGGACCACGUUUGAAGUUGUUCUAGGCCAGGCUGGACCGGACACCCACCGGGACCCAGGAGGUGACAGCAGGAAGGCCCCUCCUGAAGGUGUGGAUCAGGGGUUUUGGGGGGGGCUGGCUCGUUUCAGAGCUGUGUGCCCAGACAUGUGCUGGCUUCCGGAAACAGGGCCUUGGGCUGACCUCUCCGGUGGAUGGAGACCUCCCGUCUUGCUCUUUUCCCGAGGUUGAGAUUAGCCGCUUGAGCAGUGCCUUUGGGGCUCUGGGAUUCUGUUCUCUCUGGAGAGGGGUUUUGCGUUUUCUAUCCCCUCUCUUCUGGCAUUCUGCAGGGUUCGUGCACUUGGCCUGCUUAUGGCCUGCACCACCGCUGUGGGUGAAAACUCUGUAGCCGUUUCUGACUCGCCUGUUCUCAGGUUAUUCAGUUUCCGGAGAAGGGCUGUCAGUGCUGCCGGGUCCAAGGGUUCCCCAGGCCCUGGCUGUCGGGACGGUGCGAUGGCCUCUGCAGGAGAGAGGGGGGUGUCUGGGGAGCCUGCUGGGGCAAGGGCGUGGUGCAGAGCCUGCCUGUACAACCAGCUGUGCCUCUGUUCCCUCUUUCGCACGUCCUUUGUUGACUUUCCUCCUGCUCUUCUCCGCCCUGUUUGUCCCUGGGGCGGGCCUGCUUUACCUCUCCCCCCGCAGGGUACUCGAGGGCCAGAGCGGUGACUCAGUGGGACCGGCGCCUAGCAGCUGUGUGCCCUCUGAACCUUGGGACUGGAACCCUGUGCGGGGAAGCCGGAUCCUUCCGCCUUACACAGAAACCCUCGCGCCGCCUUCCGGGUGCCUUUCACCGGGCCUGGCAGGCGUGGCCGCCAGGAAUGACCUUCCAAAUUCCAGAGCUGCAGCGCUGCAGGCUCUUAAAUAAAAAGAAA